AUGACCACCGCGGCCUCCCCCACCAGACGCGUCCUCGGGCCAAAAGACCCCAACGCGCCUCUACAACAACUCUCAAAGCCGUCGUGUCGAGGGCUACAGGCUGCCGACCCUGUUUCGCGAAGGGAUUCCCCAGCCAGGUCGCCUCUCACUAGUCCUCGAGCCGGUCAGAAACGCAAACUGCAAGAGGUAUAUGAAUCUGCACAGGCCGACUCGCAGGAAGCAAUCAGUGUGCACACUCUGUCGCAGGUCACGGAGAUGCAGAGCGAUGCGCUGUCUGAGAUCGAGCACAGUGCGCAGCCAUCGAUGACUUGGAGCAAAUCGACUCUGAACACAUCCUUCGCCUCCUUCAGUGACUCGCACGAAGAACCAUCCCAGGUCGAGGCCGAGUUUCACAUACACGAAGAGCCCAGUCAACAGACAUUGGACACCAUGCACGCCGUCAGCUUGACGCAAAACACGUCCCAGCUCGUGCCGCCUCUGCGUCCAAACCUGGUUAAAGAAGCAUCUCAGGUCAGCCUCAGCAUGUCAAGCUUGAUCGACUUUGACAACAACCGCUCCUCCCAAGAGGACGACAACAUGCAAAUGAUUGAGGAGCUGGACGUGUCUGUCCAGGUCGCCGCUGCCAAGGAGGAUGCGAGGAAAGAGAUGAUGCUCGAGAGAGCAGAGGCCCUGCGCACGCGAUUACAGCUCGCCUUCUACAAGAUACAAACCAACCAGAUCACAACUCCGCUUGCACGACUGCAGGUGCCAAACGCUCGAUCUUCCUCGCCCAGCUUACCCGCGAUGUCGUCGUCCCCACGGUCCUCGUCGACCGUACGACCAGACUGCAGUGAAACCACCGCCAUAUCUCCCGAGUCUCGAGUUGCUCUGGCGCGCGCCCGAGCGACGUCGGGUCCUAGACCCGCUGUGCGCGCUCUUUCGACAUUGCCCAUACCGAAAAUCGCACCCACCGCGUUCUCUGCCAGGUGGAAUGAUGAAGAUAGCACCCUCGCCGAAAGCAAAGGUACGGAGACCGAACGGGAGGAGCUUCCCAGUAGUCCGCCUCUUCGUCCUGUAGACGACUAUCCGCGAGAGGCUGCUGAAGAGUCACCGCGAUUGGCGGAACCGAGAACGCCCGAACAUUCAUCCAGCUCUGUAAUUUGCGAUCUUGAACGCGACGCCGGUGAGAACGAGAUGAUUCAGGGGAACAAGCUCCGGCCACGUGCUCUCACCAGUAGUGUUGUCAAGGGCGAGGCUGCGAAUAGCUUGCUUGAGCUCGUUCGGGCGGCCCGGUCAGGAAGGUCUGGAAUGUCCGAUUUGUGA